CACCAUUGGGCUUCAUCUGAUUCCGGCGGCCAUGGCUUCCGCUCCGGCGCUCGUCCCCGUCGCAUCUCCUCCGAAAGCCAAGCCCUCCAUGGCUCCCAACACCAUUGCUCGUCUCCCAGUAUCCCAUGCUCGCUCAUCUCCACUCUUGUACCUCCAUGAAGCAACUCCACCAGAUGCACGCCAACGCCAUCACCUCCGGCGCCAUCUUCGAUAACUUCGUCGCCUCUCGUAUCCUCUCCUUCUCCGCCCUCUCACCCCUAUGGAUCCCUCGCAUACGCGCGCCUCCUCUUCUCUCGCCUCCGAAAGCCAGACACUUUCACCUUCAACACCCUCCUCCGUGCCUACGUCUCCGGUCCUGACCCCCUCGCUGCUGUACUUUUCUACAUCGACGUUCUCAACUCUUCGGCACUCCACCGACCCGAUAACCAUUGCUUUGCUUUGCUUCUCAAAGCUUGUUCCGAAGCUCCGUCGCUGUCACUGGGUGUUAUGGUCCAUGCGCAAGCUAUCAAAUUUGGAUGGAGCUCGCUUGUUUCCGUGCAGAAUUUCUUGGUUCAUAUGUAUGCUUCUUGCGGUGAUAUUGGUUUGGCGGAGCUUGCUUUCAAUGGGAUUGAAGAAUGCGAUGAUGCUUCAGUGAAUAUGAUGCUUGGUGGUUUCUUGAAGUGUGGGUGCUUUGAGGAUGCACGGCAACUGUUUGAUGAAAUGUCUGAAAGAGAUGGUAUUACUUGGAGUGUGAUGAUUAAUGGUUUAGUGCAGAGAAGCCGAUUCAAAGAAGGAUUGGAGUUUUUCCGGAGGAUGUUGGAGGAGAAGGUGGAGCCGAAUGAGAGUGUGCUUGUGAAUGUCCUCAAUGCUUGCGCGCAUUUGGGAGCCAUGGAACAGGGGAUGUGGGUAGAGAGAUAUCUGAAAGGCAAGAGUAUUAGGCUCUCUGUUAGGGUAGGCACUGCACUUGUGGAUAUGUAUCUCAAGUGUGGUUGUGUGGAGAAAGCUUAUGAGAUUUUUGCGAGGAUGGAGGAGAAGAAUGUGUUGGCUUGGACUGCGAUGAUUGGAGGGCUUGCGAUCAAUGGACGUGGCAAGGAGGCAUUGCAGUUGUUCUCACAGAUGGAGAUGGAGGGAGUAUCUCCAAAUGAUGUGACUUUCGUCGGUGUUUUGAAUGCGUGCAGUCACGCCGGGCUGGUGGAUGAUGGCGUGAAGUAUUUUAGUUCAAUGACAGAGGCUUAUGGGAUCGAACCGAAUGUUCAGCAUUAUUGUUGUCUGGUUGAUCUUUAUGGUAGAUGUGGAAUGCUAGAUCAAGCAGAGGAGGUCAUCAGGAAGAUGCCUAUGAAGCCCAAUAGUGCUGUUUGGGGAGCACUUUUUAAUUCUUGCAGAAUCCAUGGGACUAGCUUAUUAGGUGAAGUGGUAGGGAAGAAGCUUAUUGAGCUUGAGUCAAAUAACAGUGGGCGAUACGUACUCUUGUCGAACAUAUAUGCUGCAAAUGGAAGGUGGGAAGAUGUAGCAGAGUUGAGGCGAGUGAUGAAGGAGCGAGGUGUGACUAAAUUGCCGGGCAGUAGCUUUAUAGACUUGAAAGGUCAUGUUUAUGAGUUCAUCGCAGGUGAUAAUGUUCAUCCACAAAGCAAAGAGAUCUAUGUGAUGCUCAGUGAGAUGAUGAAGAAGCUCAUGCUAGCAGGAUACAAAGCUAAUACUGAUCAAGCAUUGCUUGGUAUAGAUGAGGAGGAGAAGGAGACUGCUGUGAGCUACCACAGUGAGAAAUUAGCUCUUGCUUUUGGGUUGAUUAAUACUGAACCUGGGACUACCAUCCGAAUCACAAAGAACCUUCGUGUUUGCAGCGAUUGUCACACAGCAACGAAGAUGUUAUCUAAAAUUUAUGAUAGAGUGUUUGUUGUGAGGGAUAGAGGCCGUUUCCAUCAUUUUAAGGAUGGUAUUUGUUCCUGCAAUGACUUUUGGUGAUCAGCCAUGAUUUGUUUGUAGUUGUUCUUGUUUCUUUAUAACGGGUGCAAUCAUCAAGCUUUUCCACACUAUCUACCCAUUUAAAAAAGGUUAAUAAACCUGUUCCCAACUCAUUCAACGAAGGGAGGAACCAAAUGCAGCAGAAACAUUGAAGACUUUUACUAAAUGUAGAGAAGAUGGAAUACAGGGAUGAUAGUAGAAUCAUCCACACCAGCUCCGGUAACACACAUAUUACCUUUAUACUGAAACAAAAA